AUGGCUGUGGACUUUGGGGACCAUGCCAGUGGCUUUCGCCACAUGGAUGUAGUCAAGUUCAUCAACAAUGAGGUCCUUGUGAACGGGGGCGGCCCCGAUUUCUAUGUGGCCUUCCGCUCGCGACCCUGGAGCAAGAUAGAGGAUCAGUUGCAAAUCGUGGUUGCUGACCCGCGGGUGCCGCACAACAUCAAAAGGGCCUGUGCCUGGAGUGCACUGGCAUUGAGCGUGCGUGUGGGUGCGAGGCAGUGGGAGCAGCAGGCGCACCGUAUCAGGCAGCUCCAGGAGCAGGUGGGGGAGCGUGAGGCGGCUUCCUGGGCCCUGGCCAAUGAGCUGAAGCGCCUCCGUGAGGAGCGUCAGGAGGCGGCAGUGCAUUUACGAAGCGCACGGUACACCCUGAAGCAGGUGAUGGAUGAGCGAGAUAUGUUGCGCUGGCGACUGCUCCAGUUUGAGAGAUCGGCCCAGCUAGCACCUGUGGCACAUGACAUGCUGCCUGGGCCUGGAGCUGAGCAGCUUGGGGCUACAGCAUGGCCCAUGAAUGUACCGGCGCACGGAAAGAUGGUGGCUCUGGGAGCACAGGGCAUGCCACAUUCAGAGAGUCAGAUGGCAGCCCCAGCAGCUGUGGUUUAUGUCCCCGGACCCCAGAGCUCCUUUGCCCAGGCAAUGCAACCCCGUCCACCAAUGCCGGUGCCACAUCCAUUCCCAUGCCAUGUGCCAUUUCCAUCGGGAUACCCAUAUGUGACACCUUUACCACCUUUAGCAGUUAUGGAAGGGGGAGCAGUCACGGCACCAGCAGUGCCAGGAGCAGUCGCACCCCAGAUGCCUCCUCUGGGGAUCUACCCACCUGGUCAGUGGGCUGCAGGGGGGGCCCAGGGAGAGAUGGCCCCACCAUAUGACCCGAGUUUUAAUGCCCAAGGGGUAUAUUCUGACAACCUCCAGGGGGAAUAUGCCCAGGAGGCCUGCAGAAGCCACAACCAAGAAGAAGGUGCUGUGUGUCCCCAGGGGAUGUCCACACUGAGGGACAGCAGAAGCCAGAGCCGAGAGGAAGGUGCUGUGUGUCCCCAGGAGAUGUCCUCCCUGCCGGACAGCAGAAGCCAGAGCCGAGAGGAAGGUGCUGUGUGUCCCCAGGGGAUGUCCUCCGUGGGGGACAGCAGAAUCCAGAGCCAAGAGGAAGGUGCUGUGUGUCCCCAGGAGAUGUCCUCCCUGCCGGAUAGCAGAAGCCAGAGCCUAGAGGAAGGUGCUGUGUGUCCCCAGGGGAUGUCCUCCCUGCAGGACAGCAGAAGCCAGAGCCGAGAGGAGGGUGCUGUGUGUCCCCAGGAGAUGUCCUCCCUGCCGGACAGCAGAAGCCAGAGCCAAGAGGAAGGUGCUGUGUGUCCCCAGGUGAUGUCCUCCGUCGGGGACAGCAGAAACCACAGCCGAGAGGAAGGUGCUGUGUGUCCCCAGGGGGUGUCCUCCCUGCAGGACAGCAGAAGCCAGAGCCGAGAGGAGGGUGCUGUGUGUCCCCAGGAGAUGUCCUCCCUGCCGGACAGCAGAAGCCAGAGCCGAGAGGAAGGUGCUGUGUGUUCCCAGGGGAUGUCCUCCCUGCCGGACAGCAGAAGCCAGAGCCAAGAGGAAGGUGCUGUGUGUCCCCAGGUGAUGUCCUCCGUCGGGGACAGCAGAAACCACAGCCGAGAGGAAGGUGCUGUGUGUCUCCAGGGGACAGCGCCCCAGGGAGACAGCAGGAGCCACAGCCAGAAGGAAUGUCCAGUGAUGCCCCAGGGGAAGUACUCCAUGGGCAGCAGCAAGUUCCCCAAACAAGAAGGUCCAGAGAGGCUCCAGGGGACACGUCCCUGGGGGUCCAGCACAUGUUAUAUUGUGAGAAAAAGCCCCAAGAAACAGGAGCAAAAGACCAAGCAACCCAAAGAGAAAAAAUCCUCAAAUUUCCAGCAUCAGCAGAAGCCUGCUAUAUAUCCCAGUCAAAGUUGUUGGAAGUGCCUGCAUUGUAAAGCAGUGAAUUUUCCACGGCGCAAGGCCUGCUAUAAAUGCAAGAUCGUCUGCAGGGCAUUUGAGAGUGGAGGCCCGGAUCCUGGACAAGCUCACUGA